AUGUGUAUCAAGAAAGGGCAAAGGAAUCGAUGGGGAACUAGAAGACUUGUACAUCCUGGCUUUGGCUUUGGCUUUGGCUUCGGAUUUAGUUUGAAGGUUGAUCGUCAAAUUGAUACGAGAAGGCUAAUCUUUGACAGAGAAUUGAUAUUUUACAUUGAUCUCAAUACACACAUACAUACCUCAAAUCAAUUAAAAAUAAAAUGGCGGUGUGGAUUUUGGUAUUAUUCUUUGUUUGAUCUGGCAUUCCUGAACAAAGAUAGACUUACUGGUAAUGUAGCCCCAGAUAAAGAGAGUUUACGAUCUUGGCUGCACGUUUAG